CCUCUCUCUCUCUCUCUCUCUCUGGAUUUGUCACCUUCGCUCUAAAUCGUCGACAGCCACCGCAUCACCUCACCGGAACAACCUCGCUUCCAUCGUCGUCCCCUCUCCUUAUACGAAUAGGUUUCCUGUUGUUAUGUGAAGUUUUGGCAUUUGAGUGAGUCAUUAGAAGCAGAGAAUGGUUAAAAGGCAUGGAGUGUUUUGAUUAUCAAGCGAUAUCAUGUUGCAGUGCAUAGGGGGAUUUUUUGCUUCCCUAGUAAGAUGUUGUGAUCUUGAAUUGUAUAAGCAAUCAAGAGGUCUCGACGAUCCUGAACUUCUUGCGAGGGAGACUGUGUUCAGUGUAAGUGAAAUAGAGGCACUAUAUGAACUCUUCAAGAAGAUAAGCAGUGCCGUGAUUGAUGAUGGCCUGAUCAAUAAGGAGGAGUUUCAACUUGCAUUGUUCAAGACGAAUAAAAAAGAGAGCUUAUUUGCAGACAGGGUGUUUGACUUAUUUGAUACAAAACACAAUGGAAUAUUAGGCUUCGAAGAAUUUGCUCGUGCGUUAUCUGUAUUUCAUCCGAAUGCCCCAAUUGAUGAUAAAGUUGAAUUUUCUUUUCAAUUGUACGAUCUUAAGCAGCAAGGUUUUAUUGAGAGACAAGAGGUGAAGCAAAUGGUUGUGGCUACCCUUGCAGAAUCUGGUAUGAAUCUUUCGGACGAUGUUAUUGAGAGUAUAAUUGAUAAGACCUUUGAGGAAGCUGAUACAAAACAUGACGGAAAGAUUGACAAGGAAGAGUGGAGAAACCUUGUUUCGCGACAUCCAUCUCUCUUAAAGAACAUGACCCUUCAAUAUCUCAAGGACAUCACCACAACUUUCCCAAGCUUUGUCUUCCAUUCACAAGUCGACGAUACCUGAAGUUGUGACUGUGAUCGUGUUCGUGAUCUUAUUGGAUCAUGGUUUGCCCAACUGUAAAUGCUGUUGGCCACUUCUCAGAGGAGGGGCUAAUAUUGAAUUUUCACUUCGCAUGGGUUGCUCCUUUGGUCAUUUUCGGUCUAGUUUCUUCAGUGACUGAACUUUUGUGUUUUAAGCACUAGACAAGCAGAACUCUGGUUGCUUUUGUUUGCAUUCUUGGCUGAGUUUGAGCAUAUAGGCUGAUGAAGCUAAUCCCUCAUCUAGAAAGUAUUCAAUGUUUCAUCAGCAGUCAUCAUUUGUUUUCUUCUUUCAAAUUCAAUAUUAAUAGUGAUAUUGAUGUGAUGUGAUAUUUGUCGCCUUUCAAUUUCCAGUUGUUGAUUGAUCGUAA